AUGUCAGAGAUCGCCAUCUGUAAGAAGAAAUUUCUGCACACCUUGACCACAUCUUCUUGGAAUAGUGAAUUGAAGACACUUCUUGCUGUUGGAGGUUGGAACUUUGGUUCUGUUCGUUUUAAUAAAAUGGUGAGUACUCAGUUAACUAGAACAAUAUUCAUCCAUUCUGUGAUUAGCUUCUUGAGGCAUUAUCAGUUUGAUGGUUUAGAUGUGGAUUGGGCGUACCCUGUUAUAACAGGAAAUCCUCCAGAAAACAAACAACUCUACUCAAAAUUGAUUCAGGAACUGAAAACCACAUUUAUACUUGAGGCAAGAAAAGAAAGUAAACCUACAUUACUGCUUUCAGCUGCCUUAGCUGCAGGAAAAAAGAUCAUUGAUAAUAGUUAUGAAAUACCCAAGAUUAUUAAAUAUCUGGAUUUUAUUGGUGUGCAGACAUUUGAUUUCCAUGGUCCCUGGGAAAAUUUCACAGGUCACAGCAGUCCCCUGUAUCCUCGGAAAGACAAAAGGGGUGAUUCUAUGUAUUUUAGUGUUGACUUUGCUAUUAAAUACUACAGAGGAAAAGGUGUACCAGGAAGAAAGCUGAUAGUUGGAAUUGCCACUUAUGGGCGGAGCUACAACCUCUCAACUUCAUUUAGCGGAGUUGGUGCCCCAAUAACUGGUCCUGCACCAAGCGCCAAAUACACAAAUGAAUCUGGUGUCAUGUCAAAUUAUGAGAUCUGCGACUUUCUGAAAGGUGCAAACUAUUUUUGGGAUGAUGAACAAAAGGUUCCAUAUGCAGUCAAGGAUCAUAUAUGGCUUGGAUAUGAUAACCUACGAAGUAUUAAAAUCAAAGUACAGUUUGUAUAUUAAGAAAUUGGCAAUGAAUGAUUUUAUUCCAAUUAAUU